ACUCAGUGCUUGGGCUGGCGACGCCGGAAGGCGCCACCGCCGCCGCCAGCACCGCUGUUGCCUCAGCUGGUCAAGGUGCUGGACACGAAAGGCUGGUCGGCCUCUUCACCCGCUAAGGCGCCCGCUGCAGCCACCGCUGCCUCUCCCCACGCGGUCCUCAUGGAAGAGAUGGAAGAAGAGUUAAAAUGCCCGGUGUGCGGCUCCUUCUAUCGGGAGCCCAUCAUCCUGCCCUGCUCUCACAAUUUAUGUCAGGCGUGCGCCCGCAACAUCCUGGUGCAAACGCCGGAGUCUGAGUCCCCUCAGAGCCGACGGGCCUCGGGCUCUGGGGUCUCUGACUAUGAUUAUCUGGACCUGGACAAGAUGAGCCUGUACAGCGAGGCGGACAGCGGCUAUGGCUCCUACGGGGGGUUUGCCAGCGCCCCCACUACCCCGUGCCAGAAAUCUCCCAACGGCGUCCGUGUGUUCCCGCCGGCUAUGCCUCCUCCGGCCACCCACCUGUCACCGGCCUUGGCCCCGGUGCCUCGCAACUCCUGUAUCACCUGCCCCCAGUGUCACCGCAGCCUCAUUUUGGAUGACCGGGGCCUCCGCGGCUUCCCCAAGAACCGCGUUCUGGAAGGAGUCAUUGACCGUUACCAGCAGAGCAAAGCAGCGGCCCUCAAGUGCCAGCUCUGCGAGAAAGCGCCCAAGGAGGCCACGGUCAUGUGCGAACAGUGCGACGUCUUCUACUGCGACCCCUGCCGCCUGCGCUGCCACCCGCCCCGGGGACCCCUGGCCAAGCACCGCCUGGUGCCUCCAGCCCAGGGCCGCGUGAGUCGAAGGCUGAGUCCCCGUAAGGUCUCCACCUGCACAGACCACGAGCUGGAGAACCACAGCAUGUACUGCGUGCAGUGCAAGAUGCCUGUGUGCUACCAGUGCUUAGAGGAGGGCAAGCACUCCAGCCAUGAAGUCAAGGCUCUCGGGGCCAUGUGGAAACUGCACAAGAGCCAACUCUCACAGGCACUGAAUGGAUUGUCUGACAGGGCCAAAGAAGCCAAGGAGUUUCUGGUGCAGCUCCGCAACAUGGUACAGCAGAUCCAGGAGAACAGUGUGGAGUUUGAGGCCUGUCUGGUGGCCCAGUGUGAUGCCCUCAUUGAUGCCCUUAACAGAAGGAAAGCCCAGCUUCUUGCCCGAGUCAACAAGGAGCAUGAACACAAGCUGAAGGUGGUUCGCGAUCAGAUCUCUCACUGCACAGUAAAAUUGCGCCAGACCACGGGUCUCAUGGAAUACUGCCUGGAGGUGAUUAAGGAAAAUGAUCCUAGUGGGUUUUUACAGAUUUCUGACGCCCUCAUAAGGAGAGUGCACCUGACUGAGGAUCAGUGGGGAAAAGGCACACUGACUCCUAGGAUGACCACUGACUUCGACUUGAGUCUGGACAACAGCCCUCUUCUGCAAUCCAUUCACCAGCUGGAUUUUGUGCAGGUGAAAGCUUCCUCUCCAGUCCCAGCAACCCCCAUCCUACAGCUGGAGGAGUGUUGCACCCACAACAACAGCGCAACACUGUCCUGGAAACAGCCACCUCUAUCUACAGUGCCUGCUGAAGGAUACAUUCUGGAGCUGGAUGAUGGCAAUGGUGGUCAGUUUCGAGAAGUAUAUGUUGGAAAGGAGACAAUGUGCACUGUGGAUGGGCUACACUUCAACAGCACAUACAACGCUCGAGUCAAGGCCUUCAACAAAACAGGAGUCAGCCAGUACAGCAAGACCCUGGUCCUCCAAACGUCUGAGGACACAGACUCAGAAGAACAGACACUCCCUUUUCCAGUGCCUUCGGAAAGAUUGCCGCUCCGUAGAAUGAGUCCUUUCUCCUCCACCCUUAAUCUACAACCCAGCUUCCCCGGGAGAUCCUACUUUGAUUUGAGAUCCUCACCCCACCAGCUGAGCUUGCAUUCUUCCUUACAGUCUCUCAAUGCACCGGGAUGCAGUUUUGAGACACAAUCUGCACCUUAUUCUCAACUAGUUGACAUUAAAAAGCUGUUGGCAGUGGCCUGGUUUGCUUUCGAUCCUGGCUCAGCGCACUCUGACAUCAUCCUCUCCAAUGACAACCUGACUGUGACCUGCAGUAGCUAUGAUGACCGGGUGGUGCUGGGGAAAACUGGCUUCUCCAGGGGUGUCCACUACUGGGAGCUAACCGUGGAUCGCUACGACAACCACCCAGACCCUGCCUUUGGAGUGGCCCGCAUGGACGUGAUGAAGGAUGUGAUGUUAGGAAAGGACGACAAAGCCUGGGCAAUGUAUGUGGACAAUAACCGGAGCUGGUUCAUGCACAACAACUCGCACACCAACAGAACUGAGGGAGGGAUCACAAAGGGGGCCACAAUUGGGGUCCUCCUCGACUUAAAUAGAAAAACUUUGACCUUUUUUAUCAACGAUGAACAGCAAGGUCCCAUUGCAUUUGAGAAUGUGGAGGGCUUGUUCUUCCCAGCAGUCAGUCUGAACAGGAAUGUGCAGGUCACUCUCCACACCGGGCUUCCAGUCCCUGACUUCUACUCCAGCAGAGCAUCAAUAGCCUAAGGACAUGCUAUGGAAGUAGCAGCUGCCUGUCCUUACCUCCACCAGACAGAGUGGCAAGGAACUCAGCCAUCACUGUAGGGAUGCCACAGAGCUGAAAGGAGAGGGAGGAGAAAAGAGAAGCUGGUCCUUCACCAUCUUCACACACCACAGUUCUGCCCCUUCCUUGUCCCAUCUCUCCACAGCUGUGAUGCUUGCAUUUGCAUCCAUGUUCAGCAAUUCUAACCAAUAAAAGACGUAGACUGCCCACCAGGCCACUCAGUUUCCACUCCCAGAUUUUGCUUUUAUUUAAACUAGUUUUUAUAUAGGUGAGUUAUAUUUUGUUUGUUUUGUGAUAAUGUUCUUGGCAAUUUACUGGCACUGCCAAGAGAAAAUUCUCCUGAUAACUCUUUUUUCCUUAUGCUUUCUGUCAAACAAAUAGAAUGUAGAGAGAGGCAAAGAAGAAAGAGCUGAAUUUGGAGCUUGUAGGUUACCUUCCAGAAUGUUCUUUUCCUGUGGUCUCUCAUGCAGUGUUAGCUCUUCACAAGUAAUAUUUGAGAGAUGGACAGUAUAAAUGUUGUAUUGGGAAAUGUCACUGUCUUUGAAGCACAAAAAUACCAGCUCCACAGAUUCACAAAGGUUCACAGUGGGGUGGGACCACUGAAACAGGCCAAAUCCCUGAUCACUGAAUGAAGCUAAACAUUCUCUAGACAUGGGCAUAAUAGAAAACUUAAUGAUUUAACUCAUUUAUUUAACACAUGUUUUUAAUUGAGAACCUACUAAGGACCAGGCACUGUUCUAGACACUGGGAACACAGUAAUUAAUAAUACAUGGUGGGUGGAGGCUCUGCCCUCCUGGAGCUUAUAUUCUUGUAGGAGAACAAACCAAAAAUAAACUAAUUAAAAUUGCUAUAAGUAUGAGAAAGGAAAUAAACAAGUGACAAAGAUUCUCAUUAGCAAGAUCUUCCAGGUCCUCUAGCAGGAUGCUAAAGAUCCACUCAUUCUGGCCUCAUCACCAGAAAUGUACCAACUCAAUGCCUUUCAACCAUGCUGUUUUAAUUAUGGUACCUGCUGCUAUUCAUCCCAAAGCCCUUCUUUGGUAGUACUGGUGUCAGCAUUCUUAUUUGUGAAUGCUGCAGUGGUACUAAGCCUUAAUAAUGGGUGUGUAAAAAAAAAAAACAUUUUUUUUAAUAUUGGCCAGAGGGAGAGAGCCCAUUCUCAAUAAUGGGGGGGGGGGGCUGUCUUGAGUUCUAGUCCACGGCAUUCAUGUUCUCAGAAUAAACAUGCUUGUCAUUAUGCAUACAUCUGUGCCUGCUAUAAGUAAAAGAAAAAUCAUUCACUAUGCUGCCAUUCACAACCCAACUUUCUGGAGUGGCUCAAAUACUAUUUGGGAGGAAUUGAAAUGGUAUGCCCUUGCUUGGACUGAUAGCAGAGUAGUAAUGCUUAUUGCUUCUGUAUAGACAUAGGCUUAUGUAAGUUACCCUUCAGAUUCUUCAGUUUGACAUAAAGUUUUAGAAAAUACAGGACCAGGAAGAAGUUCUGAUUAGUUGUCUAAAUAUUUGCCAGUGAGUCAAAAAUUCACCAUGAAAGAAAAAGUAACAUAAAAUGGAAGAAGUAGGGUGAGAAAGCUAACAAAGUUUUGGCAAACAAGUAAUAUGUGUAAAUAGCUCAUUAUUUACUUUCAUGCUUACUUAAGACUAUUUCAUUAGUUACAGUGUUUUUCUAGUUCAGUCUACCUAAUUUAUUGAAUGGGUGCUAUACUGUUUAUGUCUGUCUUGGUUUUUCUUGGCUACAGAAAACUGUUGCAGGACAACACUACUUUGAUAUUUGAUUUACUCUCCAAACGAGACUCGAUGGCUGAGCCGCUGUAGACUCAUAGUUACUCUUGCUCCUUAUUAAAUCCAUCCUGCUAACUAGAUUUCUAGUAACUUGUAACAUGUAGUUUACACUGAGAUACAAUUAUUUUUCCCUACUGUACUAGGGAAAAAACUGAUAUUUCUCGUGUACUAAUAAAGAUUUUGUUUUGAGAGAGA